UUACAUCUAUAUAUCUUCCAUUGUAACCCAAAACCAUCCCCCCUUUCUCUGCUUCUUCUUCCUUCCAUUUCUAUUCAAAUUCAACACAGAAACAAACGGGAUUUUUGUUUCUUAUCUACUGCUCUUCUUAUUCUUCCUGUUUCGAGAACCCAAAGUGAAUACAGAAAGGAUUUGUGAGGAUUAACCGAGAGUCGGACUUAAUGGAUAGUGAAUUCUUUCUAAAUGCAGGAAUCCCUCCUCAACCACAGCUACCCUCAUUGCAUUUUGAACCAACCCCAUCUUCUUCAUCAAUGCCGACUUGGAAUUCAUUCUCUCCCCCCAUUGACCAACUCAAUUCUGUCGACUGCUUCUUCAACCCCGCAUGGGAAAAGUCAACGGACCACACUCUUCAUUUCGACUCGGCCCUCAGCUCACUCGUCUCCUCGCCGGUCGCCUCCAAUUCUAACGUCUCCACCGACAGCCUUCUUGUCAGAGAGCUCAUAGGGAAGCUCGGAAGCAUUGGCAAAUCCGGCGACAUCUCCCCCCAUUCCCAACCGCUGUUGGGUACUACUUACAUCAACACCCCCAACAGCACCAACACUUCCUGUUACACUACUCCUCUUAGCUCUCCUCCUAAGCUAAGUUUGCCCAUGGUGAAGGAAAAAAUACCCAGUUUGGGAAAAUCAAUGCCGUUGACCUCUGAAUUCGUAGCUGACCCGGGAUUUGCAGGGAGGGCAGCCAGGUUUUCUUGCUUUGGCAGCAGGAGCUUCAAUGGCAGAACAGCUCAGCUGGGAUUAAACAACCGUGACUUUGCUAACAGAUCUAAUCCAAUCAUGGCAAAUGGGAAGCUAUCGCGAGUCUCGAGCAGUCCCUCUCUCAAAGCAAUUGGAUCCCAGCCAGGCAACAAGACCACCUCGCCAUCGCAGGAUCGACCAGAAUUGGCGAAUUCCCAAGAUGAAUCCACCAUUUCUGAGCAGAUUCCAAAUGGAGAUUCACCUCCCAAAGUCCCCAAUGAUUUAAAUUCCAGGAAAAGAAAAGCUGCCUCCUCUAAAGGAAAAUCCAAGGAGCCUGUCGCAUCCCCAUCACCCAAUGCCACAAAGGCAUCUGAACCCAACAAUGAUUCCAACCCAAAACGGAGCAAGCAAACAGAGUCAAACGGAAAUGUGGACAGUCCUGUUAAAACAGAGGAAGAAGCUCAACCAAAUACCGGGGACCAGAAACAGAACAAGACGAACAACAACACCACAAAACCUCCCGAGCCACCCAAGGACUACAUUCAUGUCAGAGCCAGAAGAGGACAAGCCACAGACAGCCAUAGUUUGGCCGAAAGAGUCCGAAGAGAAAAGAUUAGCGAACGAAUGAAGCUUCUUCAAGAUCUUGUGCCUGGUUGCAAUAAGGUUACGGGAAAAGCACUUAUGCUUGAUGAAAUUAUUAACUAUGUUCAAUCAUUGCAACGCCAAGUUGAGUUUUUGUCGAUGAAAUUGGCUUCCGUCAAUACCAGACUGGACUUUAGCGUGGAUACUUUAAUCGCAAAGGAUAUAAUUCAAUCAAACAAUGGCUUGCCACAUCAAGUAUUUCCAAUAGAUUCCUCGGCAGAAGCCUUUUUCGGUCACCCCCCCCUGCAAAAUCCACCACUACUACAAGGCAACAUUUGUAAUGGGUCAGUCCCACCGUGCCCCAUGGACCCAUCAGAGCCUUCACUAUGUCGAAACCUUAACAUUCAAUUACCCUCCCUCGACCAAUUUCUUCCUAAUCUUCCUCAGUUCCCAACUUUCUGCGAGGAUGAUCUGCAAACCCUUGUCCAAGUGGGUUUUGGUCAAAAUCCGAUCGGGGGAGCCGAUAUAAACUCCGAGAAUUUUCAUGGCUCCAGUAAAGUAUCCCAUAUGAAAAUUGAGCUUUAGUCAACCAUUUAGUUUGGUCCUGGAUUCAAGGUAUAAAAGGACAGUAAAAAAGGCCGCUGUAAAUACAAGAAUUUCAUAACGGACCGAAGCAUCAGUUACCCACUAGGCCAUUUUUAUGUUUAGUUUAAGUCUAAUGAAGAGGGCUUAUUAUCUCUACAUAUAUAUAUAUAUAUAUAUUAUUUUUAAUUGGUAUAUUAUGUCAUUUUUUUUAUGAAUUUGUAUUCUAAUUUUUUUUUCCCCUGUGGAAUUUUAUCCACUGUAAAAUCCUAGAACUGAUUAUUAUGUAAUUUGGUGGCAACAAAAAUUAAGCCUCCAUCGCACCAUCACAUGUAAGAUACCAAGUACAAUAAUU